AUGGAGGCAGGAGAAUCGAUAGAUCCGGCCGCGGCUGGCCCGAAUGACGCGGACAACUCCUCAGAUGCUCAGCAGUCUCAACCACAAGACAGCACCAGCUCAACUCAGCAGGAGGAAAGCACAUCAACUUCGCAAGCGCAUGUUCCGGACUUGACCAUCAUGGAUGGCAUCCCCACGCUAGAUGCUACAAACCUCGCCAGUUUCCUACCUGAAGCCAAUCACACGCAAGACAAGUCUGGUGCGCAUCAGGAGCCUUCGCUGGAAGAGCAAAUACAGGCUUUCACUGCCGGUCUUGCCGGCCAAUUCGGAAGCACUCCGACGGAUGCUCUCCAUACUCCUGCUGAUGCCUCGGCGACGAACACUGCCUACAACACACCAACGCAAGCUCAGGGAACACCAGCGACUGCCGAGGACAUUGCCUCUUUUGAAACGCUUAUUGCCUCCCUCAUGCCUACGCCGCAGUCAGGCUCACCUGCUCCAGUACAGCAAGAGGAGAAUGCUGGACCAACGACGCCCCAGCCUGCUUCUGGCUCGGGCAACGAGACCGCCUUUCCUACACCGGAGCCGCAGGCAUCCACCUCUGCAGACACCGCAGCUCAGUCCUUCGUCGACAAUCUGCUGCGUCAGGCCAAUCUCUUCUCCACUGAUGCAAACGGCUCUCCACAGACCACUCAAGACGCUUCGGCAGCAACCCAAGAUGCCACCGCAACAACAGCUCAAGAUGCCCAACAAGCUCCUGCCGCCUCGACUGACGGCGAACAACAACCUAGUGCGGCUGGCGAUGACCAACUCGCCGCGAGUCUGGAGCAGUUCAUGGCCUCCCUACAAGCCAGAGUCUCCUUGAACCUUGCAACAGAUGCUGCUAAAGAGCCACAAGAGCCGACCAAGCCAAAGUCGCCCCCAAAGCAAGCUAAACCCAUCAAGAAACCCAAAAAGGUGCUCGGCAAGCGCAAAUACCGUGAGAUUGGUCCCAUGGAGCGACGCAGCAGAGUCGAAAAAGCCCUCUCCGAGUACAUUGCCAGCAUCGAUACACUCUCAAAGCCCAACACCGUCACUGGGCCAAUCGCUGCGGCAGAUGCUUCCAAGACCAAGAUGACCACCAUUCGAUGCGCUCACGCCUCGGUAGCGCAAAAGAGCUAUGGAUCGGAGAAGCGCUUUUUCAAUCCACCGCCCAUUAUUAGCGUCACUGGCCCACUAAGAAGAUAUGCCGAGCAUGGUGCUGCUACUCUCACCACAUCAUCAACAUCCGAGGAUGCCGACGAGGAGGACCAGUGCCGAGUGAGCCUGCUUGUCCGAGGAGAUACGGAUGAAUUCUACUCGAACGAGAACGUCGCAGUCCUUGACAGUCAGCUCGAAACCAAGAUGCGGUCUCUUUAUGUCACACCAACUGGUCGUUCCAAGUCAUUCCGCCUGCAGCUCAAUCUCCUCCGCCCAUCCGGUCUCGAACCGCAUCUGCCGAUCUUCAGCCCACUUAAGAAGUCACGCACUGCAGAUGCGCUCUCUCCAGCUAUGAGCGUCGGCAGUCCUGCUGGUGACCAAGCCGACACCAGCUCCGAACCGCUCUCCCGCCUGCCAAAAGGUCUCGCCUGGGCAUCAUUCGAGUCUGCACCAGUCACCAUCAUCUCCAAGUCGUCCAAGAAGACGGCUAAGCCGAGAGGUCAGACCAACCAGGUGCAGAACGGAUCGCUAGUGUCGCUCUUCAAUCGCAUCAACUCGCAGACAGCCAGGACCAAGUACAUGCACAGCAGUGGAGACGGCAGUCUCACAGUGCACAGUGGCGACUGGUCGACCUAUCGCAUCACUCUCAUCUCGAGACCUCCUCUAGCGGACCUUGCUGGUGCUGAAGAGGAUAGUGUUACUUAUGGCUCAACGAUUGUCUUGACAGAUGUCAACACGAGGUUCAGCAGCGACCCUUUGGUGGUAUGUAAGGUUGAUAAAGGCCAAGUGCAACUGCCGCAGCUCGAUCCUCCAGCGGAACUGCUCACUGCCGGAACGGGUAACAAGUCUCGCAGAGUGCCAAUCGACCGAGCCCUGCGCGACAAGCUUGCAGCCGUCAGCAAGUCAUCUUGCAACGGACAUGCUUCGACCACUGCGGUGGCAAGCAAACCGGCCGAGAAGCCAGGAAGCAGUAUGACUUCAGCUAUCAAGAUCGAAGGCGAUGCCUCGAACGCACUAUCGACUGCGCCCACGGCCAACGGCAACGGAAGUUCUGACAGCAAGAACCCCGACGAUCUCAAUCUGUACGGACCAGUCGGACAGCUUCAAAAGGUGGCGCUGAUGCGCUUCGUGCCCAGCAGCGACAGUGAAACAGUCUUUGGUGAUUCCGAGCACCUCGAGUCGAACUUCUCCAUCCCUCGCAGCUAUCUCUGUGCCAUGGCUCCUGACUCUUGGAAGCAUGCUUUGCCAGACAAAGUCGGUGCGGGACCUCUAGCUGUCAACUACGCUCUGACCCACGAAGAAGGCUUUGGCUUUGACGAGCCACCUACCGACACUACUGAUCGGAACAAGUCUUCAGAGAGCAACUCAAUCGUCUAUGUUACGCCUAAGCAGGUCACUGUGGCGAAAGAGCACAAUCUAGGUACCAAGGUGGUGGAUGAAGUAGAUGACGCAUUCAUAUGGACCGUUAUCGGUGUCUCUCGAUUCGAAUAUUCAUAUUUCGAUACGAGUGCAACUCAAGCAUCCAAAGAUGAAGGACCAUGCGAAGUCCCAAUGACCCCUUUCCCUCUCAUCACUUCUAUGCCCACUUACGAUCAGACCAAACAUACCCUCAUUACCACCGUUACCAACUUCAUUGUUCCGGCAGCUAUCACCUCCGAUCCCAUCCCUCUCGACGUCUGGGCAGGUUAUCUUGGCCCGUUGAAGGUAGAAUACUCCAACCAACCUCCAGUACCGGGUAAUGAUCCAGAAGCAUACAUAACUGUCACCCUCCCUGCGAUUACAGAUAUGCUAAAGGUUGCUAUGCAGGGCAAGAUCGAAACAGAGGUGAAGAAGGCUGGGUUGCCGGCGCAUUUCUUGUUGCCAUUGAUCUUUGUCAAUGAUUCGGAUGGGACAGCUUAUCAUUCGGGUAGGCACAUGGUUUGUGAGGACUUGGUUCAGUUGAUGAAGUCUACGGGACACGAGACCAGUGAGGAGGUGUUGAAGCAGUUGGGUUUUGGUUUGGGGGAGUUGGCCGGUGUGCCAAGUCAGGGAGCUUGGAGUUUGAGGAUCAUUUGA